UAUUGUAUCCAGAGCUGCAGAGGGAGACGGAGUCUCAGCUGACAGAUGAGGGGCCUCACUGGCUUCACCAAGCGGCUGCUCUUUGAAGAAAUAUUAAACUCAUUGAAGACAGAGGAGGAGGGGGCGUCAGCUGAGGAGAAAGUUCACAGUUUGGCGGAUAGUCAACACUGAAUGAAAACGCAGUAUGGAGGGCAAAGGGAAAGUUGGUUCAGCCGGACAGAGCGAGCUCCAGGGCUCCUCAGACUCAGAGUCUGAGCCUGAGGGGGAACCUGCUCGGGUGACUGGUAGCGGACCGUCCGCCGGGUCUUUCCCCUGCACGCAGGUCAUCCACAGCGGACACUUCAUGGUGUCGUCGCCCCACAGCGACACCGCGCCGCGCAGGAGGAAGAGCGGGGGGUCUCACAGAUACGACUUCGACACGGUGAACCGGACGUGGUGCCAGACGUACCGGUACGGCCCGCUUAGCUCCGGGAGCCUGAGCAUCGACCCCACUCUGACCCGCCUGUUUGAGUGCAUGUCCCUGGCCUACAGUGGUAAGAUAGUCUCUCCCAAGUGGAAGUCUUUUAAGGGUCUGCGGCUGCUGUGGAGGGAUAAGAUCCGUCUGAACAACGCGAUCUGGAGAGCCUGGUUCAUUCAGUAUGUGGAGAAGAGGAAGAACCCAGUGUGCGGGUUUGUCAGCCCGCUGGAGGGCUCUGAGGCAGAUGCACACCGAAAGCCUGAAGCUAUUGUAUUAGAGGGCAGCUACUGGAAGCGAAGGAUCGAGGUGGUGAUCAAGGAGUAUCACAAGUGGAGGAUCUAUUAUAAGAAGAGGCUUCAGAAAAAGAAGGAUGAUAUUUUAUCAAUGCUACAAGAGGGUCAAAUCUGCCAGGCCAAGCUGGAGAAAUGGACCAAUCAGAUGUAUCAGGAGCCUGAGGCUGCGCCGGUUGAAGCCCACAUGUUUGACCUGGACUGCCUUCUGUCUGACAUCUCUGACACCCUGUUCACCAUGACACAAAAGCCAUGCCCCUGGGCCAGUGACAGCCACAACACGUACACUAGCAAUGCUGAUAUGAUCCAGCCAGGCCUGACUCCUCUGCAGCCCAACCUGGAUGAUUUCAUGGAUAUACCAGAUAUCUUUAUGAACUACCGGGGCCAGCCCACUGAGCAGACUGGUUUUGCUGACUGUGGCUAUUUUGAGAGCUCAUCCAGCGUAGCGUUUGCUCCAGUUACCUCCCCUGUCGUAACAACUCCUCAGCUACUUAUUGACACCCAGCUGACUCAGCCCAAUUUGUCGUCUGACAAUUUGUCUCAGCCAUCCUCAUCCAAUACCCAGCCAGACCAGAGCAGGCCAGGCCAGGAUUGCGGUGAAUACCCCACAUCCAGCAUUAUAUCAGGGAACAUGCCAUAUGGACAUCAGUCGUUCCCUGAUCCACCUGUUUCUAUAGCGUUCACCACCAGCAUCGAGCAGCCAGCCUCUGCAAGUAUUCCCUUUUUGUACCCACUGCCGUGCCACAAGUUUGGUUACCACACAACCACCAGCGUGACCUCUUCUGUCAUCACUCACACCGCCUCCACCACGGGGGCCCAGGGCUCUGUGCAUCAGGUUCAUGGUUACCCUCACACAGGAGACGCGUACCCUCAGACUCCCUGCCACUCUCUCAGUUACCCGGCUGUAGUGUCUGACCCGGUCCACGCAGCGCUGCCCUCUGUCACAGCGGCCCACUGCUUCUCAGUCCCAGAGCAGGUGUCCGCCACAGGGGUCAGAGGGAAGCACAAGCAAAAGACAGGAGGAGUGAGGACAGCUGGUCCCUCUGUGGCUCCGUCUGGCGCCCCGUCCACUGCACCUACACCCACUAGCUGCCUGGCUAAACUGCUCUCCUCAGGCGCCCACCAACGGAAGCCAUCGCUUGGAUUUGAUAGUUCUCUUGUAGCAGCCAAAGGUCAGAGGUCAUCAUCUCCCAGCACAUUGCAGUCAAGCAGCAGCACUUGUGUUGGAGGAGCUUCAUCCCAGCUGCAGCAUGGAGCUGUCUGGCCUGCAGGGAUCCCAGUGUUGACACCACUGCACAGCCAGAGUGCCACCCUGGGUCACAGCGGACCCCAUGCUAACAACUCCAGAGGCUCGGCGGUGUCUGCCCUGCUCACCCAUGGCUCAGCGCACCCUGGCACAACCCUCCUCAUUCCCAAGACGGAGAAACUAUCACCUGUCCAGCUCUAUGGCACAGAUAGGAACAGCUUAACCGUCAAUUUCCCACAACAUCCAGGCCAAACAUCGCCACCAAACGCUUUAGACAAAGCCUCCAACCCCGAGUCCCCACACUCAGGGUUUUCAGGACAUGGAAAGAUAGAAUCGAGUAAGCAAACAGAGACCAGGAGGAUAACUCAUAUCUCAGCUGAGCAGAAGAGGCGUUUCAACAUCAAACUGGGAUUUGACACUUUACAUAACCUUGUGACAACACUCAGCUCUCAGCCAAGCAUAAAGAUCAGCAAAGCCACCACUCUGCAGAAGACCGGAGAGUACAUCAGUAAGAUGCAGCAGGAGAGAGCUCAGCUGCACGAAGAGGCUCAGAGACUCAGAGAGGAGAUCCAGCUCCUGAACUCUGCCAUCAACGCGUGCCAGCAGCAGCUACCAGCCACCGGUGUGCCCAUCACACGACAGCGUUUCGACCACAUGAGGCAGAAGUUCAGAGAGUACGUCCAGGCACAGACUCUACAAAACUGGAAGUUCUGGAUCUUCAGUAUCAUCAUCGAGCCACUCUUCGAGUCCUAUAAUGGAAUGGUGUCCACUGCCAGCGUAGAGGACCUGUGUAGAUCCACUCUGUCCUGGCUGGACCAACACUGCUCCCUGCCCUCCCUAAGACCCAUGGUUCUGAGUUCACUCCGUCUCCUGAGCACCACUACGGCCAUCCUGACAGACCCCAGCCUACUGCCAGAGCAGGCCACCCUCGCUGUCACCCAGGGCGACCCCGCUGCCGCCCUGGACCACUCCUUACAGCCCGCCACUCGGGACAAUAUGCACCCCAUGUGACUGUGAAGAACAGACUCAGUGGAAACCCACCACAAGGCUUAGCCAGGGGAGGGCCUGUGGAAUGAUUAAAAAAAGACUCAACAUUCAGCUCCAAGACUUUUAAUAAUGCAUAAUCACAUUUCAAUAAAACUCACCGGCUGCAAAAAGAAUGUACACCCCCAAAAAAAAAAAAAAAAAUCAUAGGAACUGCAUGUGAUCUAUGCUUAAAUUCUUACCAAGGUUGAACAUACAUGUAACAUACACUUGUAAUAAUUUCUGAGCCUCACAAUCAUUUUCUUGGUAAAGCAGCGAGUGGAAGGAGGCGUCCGUCACUGUGACUGUGAUGAAUUGCUUAAUUUUCUGUUGAAAUAAUUCAGUAACAUCA